CGCAUCAUGGCUCCCUCCGCAGACAGGCAGGGGCUCUGGGGCCGGCCGACCUCGACGCUGGACUGGUGUGAGGACAAUUAUGUCGUCUCUUUUUACGUCGCGGAGUUUUGGAACACCGUCAGCAACCUGAUUAUGAUCCUUCCUCCUAUUUAUGGGGCCGUCCAAACGUACUGGGAUGGCCUCGAGUUUCGCUACAUCUGCUCGUUCCUUGGACUUUUAGCUGUAGGUGUUGGUUCCUGGUGCUUCCACAUGACGUUGUUAUAUGAGAUGCAGUUACUGGACGAGCUGCCAAUGAUUUACAGCACCUGUGUCUUCGUCUACUGCCUGUACGAAUGCUUCAAGCAAGAAAACAGUAUCAACUUUUUUACCAUUGCAUUAUUAUUAGUCUUCAGUGUCACGGUCACUUUGGUGUAUUUACAGUGGAAGGAGCCAGUGUUUCAUCAGGUCAUGUAUGGUGCUUUAGUAGCUUGCCUAGUGCUGCGAUCGAUUUUCAUUGUUACAUGGUGUUGCAGCGGGGUUUUCAUUCUAUAUUUAUGUUCUACCUGUAGGGUGUACCCAUGGCUCAGGCCUCUGUGUUACACCUCCUUAGGCAUCUUUAUGCUUGGCUUCCUGCUGUGGAAUAUUGACAACAUCUUCUGCAACUCGCUACGAGCCAGUAGAGAGGUGCUGCCCUCUGGUGUUGGAGUGCUAACACAGUUCCACGCCUGGUGGCAUAUCUUCACAGGUCUCGGGUCCUACCUUCACAUACUCCUCAGCUUGCAGAUCAGAUCCACCUACCUCAAGCACAGACCAAAAGUUAGGUUCCUGUGUGGAGUCUGGCCCACGUUGCACAUUGAGCCCCAGAGGAUGAACUGA